AGGUCAAAUGCUAUAUGGGCGUUGUUGCGACUGCGAGAAUAGGCAGCAAUGAGGGCGUUAUAAGAGACGAUGGUUCUUUGAGACAUUUCGUCGAACACAAUGUGUGAGUGUAAGAGGGAACCGCAUCUUGAAUACAUCGAGAGGAGAUUGUUGUUUAGGUAAGGAGAUUUUCGGAUUGGGGGUGUGGCAGUGAUGACUCGAGCAUGGAGUUGACGGGCUUUUAUGAGGGAGUUGAUGGAAGUGCAUUUUUGGAUUAGAAGUGUCGCUAGUGAAAUGGCUUCUUGAGGUGAUGACAUAAAAAAUGGAACUUGUUGCCUGUUUGCUUUUUGAUUUUGUAUUUCGCUUAUCAAAAAAGAAACCGGAGAGAAGAAAUCAACUUUCUUGCUGUAUCAAUGGUAUCUGAUCAUGGGUAAUUUAGGGUUUCGUUGUAUAACCCACAUGAGUUUUUAUUUGUUAUUUUAAAGAAAAUGUCGUUAACGAGUAUAAGAUAAGCGAUAAGCGAACCCCUGUUUUCUCAUUUCUCUUUCGUGCUUUUUCCCUCGCAAAUUUCGAACAACCAAAAAUGUCAACAAUCGUCUCUGGCGACGGCGAGAUGCUCCGGCUUCAAUACUCACGCCUUUGUUGUCUCAUACACAACUCUCUCCAUCCAUUCACAGCGAAAUCAACGGAAUCGAUAACCAAAGAACAAGAGAAAUCGCUGUUAAUUACACUCUCUCAGGUUUCAAAUCAAAUAAAGCUUUGGACUGACGAAUUUGCCUCUGGUGAUCAUGGCAACCCAGUAAACGAAAUUUCUAGUAAUAGCAAAUCCACCAUCGUUAGCUCAAUCUGCCAUUCUUCAGCUUCCGAAUGUGUAUUCAAGAUCAUAAACGAAUUGGUGUUCUUGCUAGCAAUCCAGAGUCCAUAUGUUCGACAUUUAUCAGGAAAUGUUCUUGUAGCCAUAUCUAAUUUUGUGGUGUCAAUGUCAUCUGAAAACCAUUGGGAAGAAUUCAUCAAAUCACUAUGUAUCCACUUCAAGCUCAUAAUUCAUAAAGCAAUUUCACCUUCUUCAAACCCACCAAAAACCAAACAUCUGGAUCAUGAUUCUUCAGCAAGCUCUAUCAUAUUAGUAUUACGAAAUAUUCUAAAACACCUGAAACACGAAGAAGAUGAUGAAAUUUUGGAAGUUUAUUUAAACACUCUUUCUUCUUGCUUACAAGAUAUACCAUGGGAGUCAUGUAACACGGUUUCCAAUGAGUUUUGUGGUCAUCUUCUUCAGUUGUUUUGUUCAAUUGUUUCAAAUUCUGAUGACAAAAAUCCAUUGAUUCUUGAAAUCUUUAACAUCUUUCCAAGAUUUCUAACAUGGUAUCAGAGCAAUCAAGCUGAAAAUAAUGGUUAUACAAAAAUCUCUCAAUACAUUCAACACAAGAUUCUUGUAUUGAUGAUGAGACUUAGUUCUAUCAUUAAGCUAGAUUGUGAGAUGAUUGUUUCAUGGUUGAAUCUUAUCGAAAAACACUUCCAAGAUUUACUAUUUGAAUCUUUAAAUCAAUCAGACACCAAUCAAGAUGAUUGCCUUAAAGAUUCUCCAUUUCUUCUUGAUGAAACUUGUCAUCAUCAACAUUUACAAAGACGAGUUGUUUUCCUUUACUUGAAGUGUAGUUUUCAUUUGAUUAGAUUACAAGAAACAAAAGGAUUUAUUGCAAUUCAUGAGUGGCUCAAAAAGCAUCUUGUGAAAUGCAGCCAAUUUGCAGAAUCUUUUUUACAGCUUUAUAUCCAUGAGGAUGAUAUGCUGUUUGAAGUUCUCUUGUUGCUAACUGACAUGCCUUUUUGCAACAAACAACAGAAAGAUUGGACAUUGGAUGUAUAUGAGAAGGAUAUAAUUGUCCUACUGUUGGAUAUUUUUGAAACUGUUCAUCUUUUCCAUAUAUUUCUUUCAGAGAUACAUUAUGAUCAUCAAGUGCUUCUCGAUUAUCUUAUCUCCAAAGACACUGGAGCUACAUGUGCCGAGUAUCUUUUAAGGUGCUUGCGAAUCAUAUGCGAUAAAUGGGACUCCUUUCUAAAAUUCCCAAUUUGCAAAGAAGUUGGAAGCCAAUCAUCUAAAAAACGAAGAAAAGUGAUGAAUGAUUCAUUUGAAACGGAUCAUAAAAACCAGAAAAGCUUUAAAGAACCAUUUCAUGAUGCAAGGGACUGUUUACUUCUGCUAAAGAAAUCGAUUGAGAGUUUACACCACAAAAACUUGUUUCCAUAUAAUCCAAAAGUGCUUCUGAAACGGUUGAGUAGAUUUCAAGAGCUAUGCCCAAGGCCAUAAGUCGCUCUGGCUUGUUUGCUCGGUUUGUAGGAUCACAUUUUUUUGGGUUUAAUGUUAAUUUUGUGAAUACAUAUAGAAGAUAUGACCUUUUGAUCAUUGUGACUCCUU